AUGAAUUCCAAAUGUUAUUUGGGAUAUCUAAUAUACCUAUUGAGUUUUGUAACAUGCGUAACAUGUGUAGACCUAGACAAGUGCUCUAUUGUGGUUGAUUCUGGGAUAUGUAUCGCAGACAAUCGCAAAUUAAUACUGGGCCCGCCACUAAUUCCAAAUUUAGCACUGCAUCUGACUUUUGAUGAACUUAAUCCGGUGGAUUCCAGCGGAUUUGGUAACCAUCCAACUGGAUCGUUGUUCCCAGCUCCCGGAUUUGCUGGAUCCGGCUCAUCCGCCCUUUUCAGACAAAGCUACAUAUACACUACCCACUUUGAAGCCCUCAACUCUAACGAUUUCAGCUACACUUUUUACAUUUAUUUACUCCACGAUCUCAAGUCCCUAGCUGCUAGUAAAAAAUUAAACCAAUUUUGCCCAGUGAUACACAAGGGUUAUAUGAUGGAAAAUGCAGUGGAAGCUGCUCCUGCUAUUUUGAUUAAUCCAAGGAGUGGACAAAUAAAAGUUGCAAUAUCAAUUGAUGCCAAUAAUACGAAAGAAUUCACAAGCAAUUUCAAAUUGUCUCCAAGUGUAUGGUACCACAUAGCACUAGUCAAGCAAGCGAAUAACACUAGACUAUACGUUAAUGGAAUUCUGGAUUCUUCUGAAUCUUUCGAGCAUUUGAAUAUACGCUAUAAUGGGCUAUCACUAUUUAUUGGUAGCGCUCCGUAUGCCGCUUCCUGCGAUUUACCACUUUUGCUGGACGAAUUCAAAAUAUACACUGCAGCAAUAGGGCAGAAUUCUAUACAAGCAGAGGCAUCAAUCUUUAUGGGCGGUGUUGAGCCUUCAUACGUGUAUCUGGGAUGCACCAAUUGCAGCAAGGAAGAGGGAGAAAAAUCAUGUCCUUCAAAUUACCACCUUUGCAAUAAGUUGGAGUUGUAUACUGGGGGGUAUCAUGUGGCUAAGAGGUUAGGUUUGACCAUGAAUCUUAUCAUGAUUUCGGCAUAUCCUGAGCCUGAACGCGGUAUCGCCUUAUGCUGUAGAAAUUUGCCAAUCUGA